AGAGAAAAAAAUAAACUAAAAGUGUUGUAUUUCGUUCGAGUUGAAUUCAGUUAUUAUGUUUUGUUUCCGUGGAGGAGCACAACGAAAAUUGUUUCGCUUUGAAAUUGCGUUAAAUGAAUUGGUUGGAGAGCUGGUGCCGCUGUUAUUGCAACGGUUCACAUAUCCAAGACCUGGAUACGAUUUUAUUGGUUGUGGUUGACGCUGCGCUCGUGAAUAUUGGUUUGUAAUGAUAUGUGUGCCGUCGUCACAUGUACGUUGUUAUGAUUUUUUUUCUUCUUCUGUGUUUUCAUUUCGGCAACGAUGUUGUGUUAUGGAUGUAUUUCGGUAUGGAUUGGCUGUGUUGUUGUUAUGAUGAAAUAAUACAAGACCAGAGAGCAAACUGUACUGGUGCUAUUGUCGUGGUAUAACAUAGAGAACGAAUGACACACGCUCACACAAGCACCAUACACCAUCAUCCAAAUCCAGACAAAAAACAAUCGGUCGGUUUCAUUCGCUCACCAACCCGUACACACAGGACGAAUGAAUCGAACGCGAACGCGACCGCUGUGGCUCGUUUGGCUCAUUUUGUCAGUACACUUUUAUAUGCAGCGGUGUAAAUAACUCGAAAUUGUGUUUACAACCGACGACCAAUUGCUUAUAUCGCUAUAAUACAAUUGUACAUAACACUAAAUGCGAUUCCAUCACAAAGACUCUCUCCGUGUUUGUUGCAGACACGCAUCGAAUCAGAAUCAAUUUUACUGAAAACAAGGAACACAAUUUCAUUGUUGUUGUUGUUGUUUUUUUUUGCGAAUCGCAAUUCGCCAAAAUAAAGAUACGAAAACAAAAACAACGUUUGGAGGAAUACGAAUACGAAUUUAGUGCAAUUUAUACAAGUUUACUUUCGGUGCGAACUAAAUUCAAAACAUUCAAUGUUGAUUGAUCGGCAGUCCACUAAUUUGUUGUUCGAUUUGGUCUGUGAGAAAUUUCGAGUGUCGAUGAAGGUACGGAUUUAUUGAGAGAAAAAGAGAAAAAAAAAAUCAACAAAACAAACGAGAGAAAGGAAGGAAGAAAGAAAACAGAAGCAUACAAGCCAUGUGAAAUGAAAAAUGAAUAAAAGUACGGUGUAACCAAGAGUCAGAAGCGACAAAACGAAUAAAUUCUGUGUAUGUGUGCUUUGCAAAAGCAUUAAUUCAUCCUCAUUUAAACCGCGAUACACGACACAAUUGGGGUGUGCGGACUCUCUCAAGCCUGGUUUCGAAGGCGAACAUUUUUUUCGUUGGAGCUGUGAAGUUCUGGAUCACACACAACACAGCAAAAAUACAGCGCAACAAAACACAAUACACAAUCUCUUGACCAGCAAAAGAAAAUCGUUAAUCGGAUAUCAUCGAAUAAGCUUUUGGCCUGCAACUCAUUCAAUAUUUAGUCGAACCACGUACCAACUCAGGGAACAUAAAGUACAGAGUAAUGGAAGAAUGGAUAACGAACAACCGCACCAAGAGUUGGUGAAAUGCGUCUUAGUUGGUGACACCGCAGUGGGAAAAACACGAUUAAUUUGUGCCAGAGCUUGCAACAAGCAUGUUUCACUGUCUCAACUCCUGUCAACACACGUACCAACAGUAUGGGCCAUAGAUCAAUAUAGAAUUUACAAAGAUGUGCUUGAACGAUCAUGGGAAGUAGUUGAUAAUGUGAACGUUUCACUUCGGCUAUGGGACACGUUUGGGGACCAUGACAAAGAUCGUCGUUUCGCUUACGGCCGAUCGGAUGUUGUGCUUUUGUGUUUUUCAAUAGCAAAUCCAACGUCACUACGGAAUUGUUUGGCAAUGUGGUAUCCGGAAAUUCGACGAUUUUGCCCAGAAACUCCAGUCAUUUUAGUCGGAUGCAAAAACGAUCUUCGAUAUAUGUAUCGUGAUGAGGCUUAUUUAUCGUAUUUUGGUGACAAAAGUCCACUUGUUAGAGCUGCACAAAAAAAUGAUCUAGUCAUGCCAGAUGAGGCUCGUGCUGUGGCAAAGGAGCUUGGAAUUGCCUACUACGAAACCAGCGUAUUCACAUAUUUCGGUGUGAACGAAGUGUUUGAAAAUGCGAUCCGAGCCGCGUUGAUUCAACGGAGACAUCAACGAUUUUGGAUGACAAAUUUAAAACGGGUCAAACGACCACUAUUACAGGCUCCGUUUCGACCACCAAAACCAUUGCCACCCGAACUCACAAUUUUGUCGGAGACCCAUCAGAAGGACAUGCUCAACAUGUUGAAAAAUCAAUUCUAUGCUGAUUUAGUGAUAGUUGUGAGUUCGAUUCGAUUUUUUGUGCAUCGUUUUGCCAUUGCAGGCGGGUCGCAAGCAUUCAAUAGAUUGUUGAACAUUGAUUUCACCGACAUGGGCGCCAGAAGUAGCAGCGAAUCAAGUGUGGUUAGCUCAACGUACGGUGACAAUUCAAAUGCCGAUUUCAACGAAGAAACCGAAUACUUGAUUCGCUGUGAUCAAAGCAAAUUACCACAACCGAGAAUGUGGGAACAGCUUAAAAGGCGAUCGAGCUACCAAGCACUUCCAACAAUCGAAUCAAAAAAGCCAAUCGAUAUUUUUAGGGACUUACAUCAUCCAAUUUUUCAAAAUAUUAGGAUAGUACAUAACGAAUCGAGUCGUCACAAUUCGAAUUUGAUUCAGGCUCAAACAACCGUCACGCUAAGUAAAUUAGUAACACCACAAGCAGUGCAUCAAUGUUUGAAAUUUAUUUAUUCGGGAUCUUUUGACUUGGACUAUCCAAAUCUGAAGACUACUUCAAUAGGACUUUUACUGGAAAUACAACAAGCUGCUGAAGUUUUAGAAAUUCCAUACUUGAGCAAAGCGAUUGCCUCUUUUAUACAACAACCGGCAGCACAAAAUGAAAAUGUUCAAAGUUACUUAUUGCUCGUAAAGAAAAAUCUGGAAAAAUUCAUUGGAUCGAGUGCAUUUACGGAUGUUACAUUUGAGCUUGAUGAUGGCAAAAUGAAAUCACAUCGAGCAAUGCUAAUAGCACGAUGUGAUAUGAUGCGAGCCAUGCUGAAUGGUGACUUUAGAGAAGCGCAUGCACACACUAUCAUUUUCCCAGGCGUCACAAAAUAUUCAUUUCAUAAGCUUCUGUGCUAUUUGUACACCGACGAAAUACCUCAAAUAUCGACCGACAAAUGCUUAAAUCUGUUGGAAGUGGCGAAUCGACUGUGUCUGCCUCGUUUGAUCAAUUUAAUUGAAUGCCGUGUCAUCGAGGAUCUGACAAAUAUGUCACAAAAUGACACUAUCGAAACGGUGAAAAAUUGUCUGCAUCUCCUCGAACCGGUCAAGUUACACAAUGCGCACCAAUUGGCCGAAUGGUGCAUGUCGUACUUGUGUGUCAAUUACAAUGUAAUAUGUAAAACAUUGCCGAAAAAUUUGAAAGCACUGCAUCCAGAGAAUCAGGAGUAUUUGCGUGAAAAUCGAUGGCCGCCGGUAUGGUAUCUCAAGGAUUUUGAUUACUAUCAACGAUGUAUGAACGAAAUGAAUCGUGAAUGUAAGCAAGGGAGUCGUGGCAAGAUCAAGGAUGAAAAUGAGGGUUGCAUGUGUUUUUCGGGUGGUAGCAAGAAGCGGCGACAAGAAAUCGAUUCGGCCCGAACGAAUAAUUCACGCCUGGUUUAUUCACCGGACAACAUGAACCUGAUCAACAAUAAUGGCAAUCAGAACUCAAUUAACAUGAUUGAUGCAGACCCAGAAGCGGAUUUAAAUCUUUGACAUUUGGCCAAUUAUGGAUCAGGCUCCAUUGAAUUUACCGUCGUUUUACCCGUUCUCAUUUGUUUUAUAUGCACAAUUCUGAGUAUCCUGAUUCUUCUGCAAAUGUUCGUUUAAGUAGUGCCGAUUAGUCGACAAACGUAGAGUCACCAAUAUGAAUGGAGCAUCGCAUUCAAUCGACACAUUUUCAUAACAUUAUUCCAAAAACAAAAAUACACGGCGAAAAACAUUUAUUGUCUAUGAGGCAUAUUCCAUUGAAGACUGUCAUUUUACGUAAAACGUAGUUUAACUGUAACAACAAACAAACCAAAAAGCGUAAACAUUUGGGAACGUUUGUAUGAGAGACAUAACAAAUGAAUCUUUUUGUAUUUGAUUAAUUGAACAAAAGACAUUUUAUCCUAUUCGCAAACCAAUUCAACGCAAAAAAAAAAACCAAUCCAUAUAAAAUACGCAAUUAAAUUUACGGAAACGUUUCAUAUAUAGUAUAACAACAACAACAAAAUCGUCCGCGAUAGUAAUUUUAGUGCAGAAUAUUUUUCCAUUUCCAAAAAUGUAAUUUUCUCCAAUGAAAACACUUCAAUUUUUAUUAUUCCGACCAGCGACUUAGAUUUAUAAUAAUACAAAAAUAUAAUCGAUUCGGUUUUUCUACUAAAAAAAAAAAUGCGAGAAUACAAAAAAAAAACUUUUCCACUUCAAUUGCAUUUAAUAAUAUUUUCAUGCUAAUUUUUUUUCGUUGGCAUUUCUUUCCUACGAUUUCGUUUGCCAAGCAGAAAUUUUUUUAUUUAAAACUUUUAAAUCGAGAAUACUCUUGCUUUACUUCUCAUUUCUUUACUGGCGAAAAUAAAAUUGAAAUUAUUCAAAAAAAAAAAAAAAUAUUCAAAACAAA